CUCAAAAGGAACCUGUCCCUUUUCAAAACCUCAAAAAGCUGCUAAAAACCUGCCUUCUCAGCAUCCAAAAAGCUCAAAAUGUUGACUCCUAUUCAACCCCUAACUCCAUAUAAACAUGCAUAAAGUGGAAACUGGAAAACCCAGAGAGAGAGCAUUUCAAGAUUGGGUUUAGAUACCCAUUUUUGCUUUUUUUUUUGGUUCAAUAACAGUUAUGGCCCUAGUGAGUAGGCUUCCAUCUCUUUCCUCUUCAAGAACCCAUUUGCGAAAACCCAAAAUUUCUUCCGUUAAUCCAGUUUCUUACAUACAAUGCUGCACUUCACCAUUUACUGAAAAGCAUUCAAUUGAGAGGUACCAAAGGGAUAAUUGGUUGUACAAGAACAUUACCAGCACCAAAUUGCAGCAGCAAUCCUCUUUUUGUCCACUCCCAUCUGAUUCCAGCUCCAUCAGGGACUAUGACAUUGCUCUCCAGCUCCCAGAGCUGAAGAAAUUGCUUCAGGUUUUGAAGGAGAAAAGGGAAAAUGAAGUUGGAAUUGGAAAAAGAGGACCCGGGAACGUGUUUUUGGUGGGGACAGGACCAGGGGACCCUGAAUUGUUGACGAUUAAGGCCUUGAGGGUUAUCCAAAGUGCUGAUCUUUUGUUGUAUGAUAGGUUGGUUUCUAAUGACGUUUUGGAUUUGGUUAGCCCUGAUGCUAGACUUCUCUAUGUUGGCAAGACUGCAGGGUACCAUAGCAGAACUCAGGAGGAAAUUCACGAGUUACUUCUAAGUUUUGCUGAAGCCGGGGCAACUGUUGUUAGACUUAAAGGUGGAGAUCCAUUGGUUUUUGGUAGGGGUGGAGAGGAGAUGGAUUUCCUACAGCGACAAGGAAUUGCAGUGAAAAUCAUUCCAGGUAUUACCUCUGCUUCAGGUAUAGCUGCUGAGCUGGGGAUACCUUUGACUCAUCGAGGUGUUGCAAAUAGUGUGAGAUUUCUAACAGGCCAUUCAAAAAAUGGAGGAACAGAUCCUCUAUUUGUAGCGGAGAGUGCAGCUGAUCCUGACUCUACACUGGUUAUUUACAUGGGUUUGUCAACGUUACCUUCCCUUGCCUCAAAAUUGAUGUGCCAUGGUUUGCCACCUAAUACUCCAGCUGUCGCAGUUGAGCGUGGCACCACUCCCCAACAGCGCACGGUAUUUGCAGAACUGAAGGAUCUUUCAAAGGAGAUUUCUUUGCACCAGCUGGUAUCACCUACUCUAAUUAUGAUUGGCAAGGUUGUCGCGCUCUCGCCGUUAUGGAAACCUUCUACUUUUGGGGAUUUAGCUUUCGCAGAGAAGAAAACAUUUUAAGAUAUCGGAAUAGCAGCAAGUACUCAGUCAAACUGUGGUGCUUAGCUGCCAUUAUCCUGGCACUGGCACACUUGUGAAUGGCUUUGCUGCUCUGUAUUGAUGCUUGGUGCACAUAUUAGGUUACCAAGCAUCUCUCCUUUGUUAUCUUUUAAGAAAUCAGCGAGCAACAUGCCAGUGAUCUAAACGACAUGAUCAACUUGGCAUAAGUUGGAAAGGUGCAGACAAGUUAUUGAGUUGAGGCCAAUUUUCUAUGAGGACCAUACCCCUUUCACAAUAAGCCGGCACCAAGAGUUGAGGAUCUAAAGCGAGAUAACAAAAAUUUUUCCCCGAAGGCGUACGGCAUGUCAUAUUCAGCAUUUCACAUCACAGGGAAAAUCUUUUCUCAUCAUCCUCAUCAUGUCACAUUGAGCAUUUAAAGUCACAGGGAAAAUUGUUUCUCAUCACCCCUUUCAAAUCUUAGUUCAUUGAUGAUAUGUGGAAAGGAUGAUAGGUACGUCCUGGACAUCAAUGUGUUUUAUUUUGCCAAGGAGUCGUUCGUAAUCAGCUUUUGAACUCUUAUGUGUUGCUUCAAACAUGUUUACAUUAUUUGAGCUGCCAAGAGUGGCUUGUUUUGUGGUCCA